UCUUACUUUCCUCAUUCUCUGUUUCUUCUCUUUUCUGGUGAUUUUCUCUCUGCAAGACUGCAACCAACUCAAUCCAUCUUGUGUCGCCAUCAUCGCGAAGUGAAGGAAUGAGGAAGAGUGAAACCUUAAUCUGUGCUCCUAUAAUGGGGGAAUCAGUUGACCAAAUGAAGAUUGAUGUACAUAAUGCUAAAGCUAGUGGUGCUGACCUUGUUGAAAUACGAUUAGAUUCUUUGAACACCUUCAACCCUUAUGAAGACCUUAACACUCUGAUUCAAGACCAUGCUUUGCCCUUGUUGUUUACUUACAGGCCAAAAUGGGAGGGUGGUAUGUAUGAUGGUGAUGAAAACAGACGAUUGGAUGCACUACGAUUGGCCAUGGAGUUGGGAGCUGAUUACGUUGACAUUGAAUUGCAGGUUGCUCCUCAGUUCUAUGACUCUAUACGUGGGAAGACAUUCAAUAAAACCAAGGUCAUUGUUUCAUCUCACAACUAUCAGUGUACUCCGUCAGUUGAGGAUCUUGGCAACCUUGUGGCUAGAAUACAAGCAACCGGGGCAGACAUAGUGAAGAUUGCUACAACUGCCUUGGAGAUCACUGAUGUGGCACGCAUGUUUCAAAUAAUGGUGCACUCUCAAGUAAGACGCGUUCCAUUUAUUGGACUUGUAAUGGGUGAUAGGGGAUUGAUUUCACGUAUACUUUGUACAAAAUUUGGUGGGUACCUGACUUUUGGUACCCUCAAGUCAGGAGUAAUUUCAGCUCCUGGUCAACCUACGCUUAAGGAUCUAUUGGAUCUAUACAAUUUGAGACAACUUGGACCUGAUACAAAAGUAUAUGGGAUCAUUGGAAAGCCUGUCAGUCACAGUAAAUCACCCAUAUUGUACAAUGAAGCCUACAAGUCAGUGGGUUUUGAUGGAGUUUAUGUAUUCUUAUUGGUGGAUGAUCUUGCCAAUUUUCUCAGGACUUACUCAUCAACAGAUUUUGUGGGAUUCAGUGUUACCAUUCCUCACAAGGAGGCAGCACUUAAGUGCUGUGAUGAGGUUGAUCCAGUGGCUAAGUUAAUAGGAGCUGUGAAUUGCAUUAUAAGAAGACCCACUGAUGGGAAGUUGAUUGGGUAUAACACAGAUUAUGUUGGUGCUAUUUCUGCAAUUGAGGAUGGGCUACGAGGUAAACAUAAUGGUAGUGGCACAGCUAUUUCGCCAUUAGCUGGUAAGCUGUUUGUUGUUAUUGGGGCUGGUGGUGCUGGGAAGGCACUUGCUUAUGGUGCAAAAGAGAAAGGAGCAAGGAUUGUGGUUGCGAACCGCACCUAUGAUCGUGCCAGAGAACUUGCUGAUGUAAUUGGAGGAGAUGCUUUAGCCCUUGCUGAUUUAGAUAAUUACCAUCCAGAGGAUGAUAUGAUUCUUGCAAACACAACGUCAAUAGGAAUGCAACCAAAAGUCGAUGAAACACCAAUUUCUAAGCAUGCUUUGAAAUCUUACUCCCUGGUUUUUGAUGCUGUCUACACGCCCAAAAUGACUAGACUCUUGAAGGAAGCAGAAGAAUCAGGAGCCACUGUUGUAACAGGAUUGGAGAUGUUUAUUGGACAAGCAUAUGAACAGUAUGAGAAGUUUACUGGAUUGCCGGCACCAAAGCAGCUCUUCAAAAAAAUUAUGGAAAACUAUUAAUGAGGGAGGGCAUAGGCCCAAAAAGCAAAACUAAAGACUUCCUAUGGAUAGACUAUAUAUCUAUAUCAGCAGAAAUUUCAGCAAGUAAAUCAGAUGGAGGAGACAAGUAUUCCUUGUAUCUGAACUUUUCAUCCAUAGCCUUGGCUGCCAAGCGAUGCGCACAAUGAUUUCCUUCCCACUUUUCAAUCACGAUGAAUAAUAGUAUGGAUGCUGAAUAAAACAUUUGAAUGUCGUGCGCUUACUAUUGACUUGUCACAAUAUCAUUGCAAUAUUUGUGGUCAUUAUUUUUAAAAAAAUAACAAUAAAAAUCUGUUUAAUUUCUUUGAAAACGUCAAUUUGUUUUAUGAACAACUAGUGAAGCACAGUAGCAGCAUGACAUCAAUUAAUGAUUAUUUCCUAUAUUUUCUGCUCGCUUUCUUUUCUCUUUAAUUUUAGUCUUAAAACUUUU